AAAGUACAUGGUUGCUUCGCGCUCUCAGUCUGUCUGCAAAUCGUACUGGUUUCGUCAAGUUCAAACUUGUAACUUAAAUAAAGCUUUCAUGCUUUUAUUCCAAACUUUGGCAUAUUUUUAUCAAGCACACACAUUUUUCUUUUUCCAUUGGUCGGUCCAUCGUCAAAAUAAGAAAUUAAACUAUAGUAGAAGGAGAUCUAAAAGUUUAUGUUAUGUGAUUGAUUUUAAUCGCUUUAAAGCUAUGGAAAUUUGAAAUUUCAUAGCUGAAAAUAUUUCUGAAAUUAGGGUUUCGAUUUUCGAUUCUUUUGGAGAGAGAAAAAUAUGUCGGAAAGAAGAUGUUGGCCGACGAUGGAUCUCAUGAGAUCAGAAGAAAUGCAGUUGGUGCAAUUGAUUAUUCCGAUUGAAUCUGCGCAUCGUACCAUUUCUAAAUUAGGCGAUCUCUCCCUUUUCCAAUUCAGAGAUCUCAAUGCUGAAAAGAGCCCGUUCCAGAGAACUUAUGCUGCUCAGAUAAAAAGAUGUGAGGAAAUGGCUCGCAAGAUAAGAUUUUUCAAGGAGCAAAUGACAAAAGCUGGUUUACUGCCCUCAACAAGAAUUCUUUCCAGAGACGAUGUACAUUUAGAUGUAUUAGAGGUGAAGCUUGGUGAACUCGAGGCUGAGCUUCUAGAGAUGAAUGCAAAUAGUGAAAAACUAGAACAUUCAUACAAUGAGCUAAUAGAAUAUAAGUUGGUGUUGCUAAAGGCUGCAGAGUUUUUUAAUUCAGCUUUUAGCACAGCAGCUUUAAAUGCAGAAAACGAAGCACGUCACUUGGGUGAAAGAUCAAUGGAUAGUCCCUUAUUACGAGAACAAGAAAUGAUGGUAGAUCCAUCAAAACAAGUUAGACUUGGGUUCAUCAGUGGUCUGGUCCCUAGAGAAAAAGCAAUGGCAUUUGAGAGGAUUCUUUUUCGGGCAACUAGAGGAAAUGUUUUUCUGAAACAAGCAGUACUCGAAUAUCCUGUUGUCGACCCUGCAUCAAGCCAAAAGGUAGAGAAAAAUGUGUUUGUGAUCUUCUACUCUGGAGAUAGGGCAAGAAACAAAAUAGUAAAAAUAUGUGAAGCUUUUGGAGCAAAUUGUUACUCUUUCUCUGAUGACCCGGAAAAACAACAGCAGAUUACAGAAGAGGUCACUGCAAGAUUGGCUGAGCUAAAGACUACUGUAGAUGUUGGUCAUGUGCACCGUGACAAUGUCUUAAGUACAAUUGGAUCGCAUAUUGAAGAAUGGCACCAUUUGGUUAAGAAGGAGAAAUCCAUAUAUCACACUUUGAAUAUGCUCAGUAUGGAUGUGACGAAGAAGUGCCUUGUCGCAGAAGGUUGGUGUCCGGUUUUUUCAACAAAAGAGAUUCAAAAUACACUACAACGGGCAACAUUCGAAAGCAAUUCGCAAGUUGGAUCAAUAUUUCAUAUUCUUCCGACAAAGGAAUCGCCACCAACUUAUUUCCGGACAAACAAAUUCACUAGUGCAUUUCAAGAUAUUGUGAAUGCGUACGGGGUUGCCAAGUACCAGGAAGCGAAUCCCGGUGUAUACACAAUCAUCACAUUCCCUUUCUUUUUUGCCGUAAUGUUUGGUGAUUGGGGCCAUGGUAUAUGUUUGUUUUUAGCAACAUUAUACUUGAUCUUGAGGGAAAAGAAGUUUUCCAAUCAGAAACUUGGAGAUAUAAUGCAGAUGGCAUUUGAUGGUCGAUAUUUAAUUUUGAUGAUGGCUUUGUUUUCUAUAUAUACGGGAUUGAUUUAUAACGAAUUCUUUUCACUCCCAUUUGAGCUAUUUGGAUCCUCUGCCUAUGCAUGCCGUGAACUUUCAUGCCGGGAUGCUUCAACAGCUGGAGUAAUAAAAGUACGUGAUACUUACCCAUUUGGGGUGGAUCCUGUAUGGCAUGGCAGCCGUAGUGAGUUGCCAUUCCUGAACUCUUUGAAGAUGAAAAUGUCAAUACUUUUUGGAGUGGCACACAUGAACCUUGGAAUCAUUUUGAGCUAUUUUAAUGCAAAGUUCUUCAAAAAUGAUCUGAAUAUCUGGUAUCAAUUUGUUCCCCAGAUGAUAUUUUUAAACAGUUUAUUUGGCUAUCUUUCACUUCUCAUUAUUGUCAAAUGGUGUUCUGGCUCUAAAGCUGAUCUUUAUCAUAUACUAAUAUACAUGUUCCUUAGUCCUACUGAUGACCUUGGGGAAAAUCAGUUAUUUUUCGGUCAGAAAUUGCUUCAGAUUCUGUUGCUCUUUUUGGCCCUUAUCUCUGUACCAUGGAUGCUAUUUCCGAAACCUUUUAUUCUGAAGAAGCAAUAUGAAGAACGGCACCGAGGGCGCACGUAUGCACUUCUUGAUGAUGCUGAUGAUUCCUUGGAUUUUGAGAUGGAGCAUGAUUCACAUGGGCAUGGUGAAUUUGAAUUUAGUGAAGUUUUUAUUCACCAACUCAUACACUCAAUAGAAUUUGUGCUUGGAGCAGUGUCAAAUACAGCUUCAUAUUUACGGCUAUGGGCACUCAGUCUUGCACAUUCAGAACUCUCAAGUGUCUUUUUUGAUAAAGUGCUGCUUCUGACAUGGCGGUAUAACAACAUAUUCAUCCUCGCCAUCGGCGUAAUUGUUUUCAUAUCUGCCACUGUUGGUGUGCUUUUGUUGAUGGAAAGUCUUAGUGCAUUCCUGCAUGCUAUGCGACUUCACUGGGUGGAAUUUCAGAACAAGUUCUUUGAGGGAGAUGGUUACAAAUUUCAACCAUAUUCAUUUGCCAGCCUUGACGAAGAAGAUGAGUGAUGCUGCUAGAGUGCUAGUACAUACUUGAUUCAGUUCAUACCUACACACUUUUGCGUCGGCUGGCUUUGCGUCUUGUGUAGUAGUCUACAUUUGAGAUAGUGGACAUUUGCUUGCCAACUGCCAUCCUGAUUAAUGCUGGUUGCAGAUUAUAUACAUUGACAUCACUGGGUGGAAUCACACAUACACGAACCAAGCAUACUGGAAAUUCUCCAUAUACAGUACGUGUCUGUAGUUGUCUAUACAUGUAACAUUUGAUUACUACAUGUAACAAUGAAAAUUCAUAUUAUAGAUGUAGCAAGAAAAAAAAAGAGAAAUUUGUUAUUGCAUUUGCACAAUUGAAGAAGCUUGGUUUUGUAAAGUGUUAUAGUUGUUAGCUGUUAGCUCCAUUGGAGACUUGUUAAGAUAUGUAUACUAUGAUUUUGUAAACACUACCAUUUAUCAAAUACAAUACAUUUGUGAUUCUUUAUUCAA